AUGUUCCAAGGGACCCAAGAAACGACUAAGUUGCGAAAAAACGUAUUUUCUGGAGAAAGUAGUCUAAAUUAUCAACAAAUAAAUAUCGCACCUAAGAAAUCUUCAUCCGACUCUAAGAACAAUCAAUCAAAUAAAACAACGUGUAAAGUAAUCAAGAGAAGAAAUUCACAGAAAGACAAAGUUUGUAAUGAAUUUGUUAUUCCGGAACUGCCUAAGGGAAGACUGUUAGAAAUAAAGAUUCAUUCAAAUUGGGGAGAUAAAUUUUUAGUCGGCUUAAAUGGCAUUGAACUUUUUGACGUGGAUGGUGAAUUGGUAAAGGUAGAGAAGAUAUGGUCAGAUACAGAAACAGGUGAUUCGAAGCACAAUCGUGCUGAUAGCAUCGUCGAUGGCGUAGUGAGAACAAAGGAUGACAAGCACACUUGGUGUGUACCGGUGCCGAACACUGCACCAAUUGUUCUCAGUGUACUCCUGGCUAAGUGUACCAUUCUGGCUCUGCUCAGGAUCUGGAAUUACAACAAGUCCCGUAUUUAUUCAACUCGCGGUGUGCGUCUCGUUCAAAUCAAACUGGACGACCAAGUGGUAUUUCAAGGAGAAAUCGCGAGAUCCAGCGGGGAGCUCAAAGGCCUCCUGCCGACAUUCGGUGACACAAUUCUGUUUACAAAAGACCCGAAUGUAUUGGAACGGAUAAUGUUAAAUGACAAAAAUUUCCAAGCACUACUCAGAGAAAAUGAUCUCGUAAACGACUACUCCAGCAUAGUAGAAAAGCGACCUCCUACGGCUAACGAUAGUAAUAAUGUCAGUCCAUCUACUGAGGAACCUACGAUAGUAGAAGAGAAGGAGAUCAAAUAUGUGGCUAAAGUGAUUAAGCUGACCUUAAUGUCGAAUUGGGGGCAGACGCAUCUUAUAGGAUUAACGGGAAUAGAGGUUGUCAAAUAUAACCGACCUGUACAAGUGCACAGCGCGUGUGCAUAUUCUGCGUUUAUAAGCGACGAUAAAGUGGAGGAGUACAGCGCUUUAAUAGAUUGUAAAAAUCUCUUAAAUGGAAGUAACAUCACUACCCAUUUCGAUGAUAUGUGGUGCGCAAACUUCUCGCCCGGCUCCAAGUUUUGCCAUAUCGUUCUCGAAUUGAAAGAACCUACUGAAAUUUCCAGUGUCCGCGUAUGGAACUACAACGCGAACAUGGAGUUGUCGUACAUCGGUGCCAAGCACGUUCGCUUACACUUGGAUGGUAAUCCCCUAAAUUACCGACCUAUCCUCCUGCGAAGAGCGCCCGGUGACACGUGCUAUGAUUAUGUGCAGCAACUCGAGCUUGCCGCAAUUGACGACAGGUUACAUUUCAAUGUUUACCCUAAGAAUGUAAUGUGA